AGGGCCCCUGCAUCAAACUUGAGCUGGCAUACAUUCAAUGUAUCCAAUUGUGUUAAGCGGUGCCUCCGACCACAGGAAAAUAGAACUGCAGAGUAAAUCCACCUCUUUCUGGGUUAGUGCUGACUGUUUGAAGCAAAUAGGGAACUAGGGGGCGUCUCUCUGCCAAGUGGUGCUGAAAAAAAUCCCCGUGCGGCUCUUCAACAUUUCAGUGACUUCAACAAGUGGUGAGACCGACAACACUGAAGUGCAGCUUCAGAGAGCGCUACAUCCUACACUGGGACAGCGACAGACCUCAGUCUGGGACAGAUGUGUCUAAUCUUUUCACGAGUUGCAAAGGACUGUGAGGAGCCCGGUUCUUUUCAUUGUUUAGAAUCGAGGAGACGGCAUCUCGUUCUCACGGUCUUGUUUCGCUGAACUGUUUAUUGGUUUUUCAUCUAAAAGGUAUAUAUGCCCUUGGUCUGACUCGCCUCUUCACAGCCAGUCGGGAAAAGGCGCCAACGUGACAGCGAGCGAUGGAGGCGAGAGGCGGCCAGGGUCUGCCCGCAGAGCCCAGUUACACGGACCCGAAGAUCAUUGUACUACAUUAUAAUUUCACGGGCAAGCUGCCGGACAGCGAUGAUAAACCUGAGAGUGGCCUCUCUGUCACGCCCAUCCUGUUCAUCGUGGUGUGCUGCCUGAUCAUCCUGGAGAACCUGAUGGUGCUGCUGGCUAUCUGGCAGACCAAGAAGUUCCACCGCGCCAUGUAUUACUUCAUCGGCAACCUGGCGCUGUCCGACCUGCUGGCCGGUGCCGCCUACACCGUCAACAUCUUGCUGUCCGGCCCCAACACGUACCGCCUCACCCCGGCCCAGUGGUUCCUGAGGGAGGGCAGCAUGUUCGUGGCGCUGGCCGCCUCCGUGCUCAGCCUGCUGGCCAUCGCCAUCGAGCGCUACCUGACCAUGAUGAAGCUGAAGCCGCACAACUCUGGCGGCAGCCACCGUGUCUUCCUGCUGAUCAGCGGCUGCUGGCUGCUGUCGCUGUUGCUGGGCGGGCUGCCUAUCAUGGGCUGGAACUGCCUGCGCCGCCUCAAGUACUGCUCCACCGUGUUGCCCCUCUACCACAAGCACUAUAUCCUCUUCUGCACCAGCGUGUUCAGCAUCAUCCUGCUGGCCAUCGUGCUGCUGUACGCUCGCAUCUACCUGCUGGUGAGGUCGAGGACCCGCCGCCUCACCUUCAACCGCUACUCGGUCCGGCAGAGCAGGAACGACGAGAAGGCGCUGGCGCUGCUGAAGACGGUCAUCAUCGUGUUGAGCGGCUUCAUCGCCUGCUGGUCGCCGCUAUUCGUGCUGCUACUCUUCGACGUGGCGUGCGCGGUGAAGGGCUGCCCGGUGCUGUUACGGGCCGAGUGGUUCCUGGCGCUGGCCGUGCUCAACUCGGCCAUGAACCCCAUCAUCUACACGCUGACCAACCGGGAGAUGAGGCGGGCUUUCGCCCGGCUGCUGUGCUGCCACCAUUGGUCACUCAAGGCGGCGGCCAGCGCCACCGGGGCCGACUUCAACCGCAGCAAAUCCGACAACUCGUCGCUCCAGCACAAGGACGAGUGCGGCACCCCCGAGACCCUCAUGUCGUCCGGGAAUAUCAACUCUUCUGCGUGAGGGGCUCCCCGGAGGAGUGGCAGAGU